AUGGGUUGCCUCUUCACCCAAACAUAUAAACAAAAUGAUUUUUAGAAACAUAAUGAAAAAAUUGUACCAAAACAAUUUUUAGAAAAUAAUAAUAGUCCAUUAACUCCAAAAAAAUUAAAUUAAACAUAAGAAGUCCCAAAUUAAGUAAAUCUAUUUAACCAUUUUGCAUUGAUGCAAGAAAAUGUAUCAGAUUUGUUAACUGAAAGUUCUCUUGAUGAUUAAGAGAUUUUAGAAAUUGAUGAAUUUCUCAAAUAGAGGACAGUUUAAUUGAAGAAAAUAAAAGCUCGUAAAUACUAGCAGAAAUUUCAUUCAUAGAGGGAUUUAGGAAAGGUUUCUGAAAAAGAAAAAAGAAUAAAAAGAACCUCUUCAUAGAUUUAGCUAGCAAAUAUCGAUAUUUCUAUUAAUUAUCUUUAUCAUUAAAAAUUUCUUAAUGUAUAUAAAGUGUAAGAACAACCAUAAUAAAUAUAAAAAAAUUGUAUUCUACUUGAUUUAGAUUAAUCUGAGGUAGAUAUUGAAAUAGGAAUCAAUUCCUUAGAUAACUCUUUCUCUUCUAUGAAAUAAUUAGUUCCCUUAUGUUAAUAUUGCAAUUAAGAAAUAUAAUAAGAUCAAUACUAACUCGAAUGUUUUCAUAUAUAUCAUACCAAAUGUCUAGAAUUAUUAAUAAUAAAUUAAAUAGAGAAAGAUUAAACUUAAAUCUAUUGUAUGUGCCACUAAUCGAUCAAGACAAAACUAAUAAAAUCAAUUCUAAAAAUAAAUGAUGCUGAUCUUAAAAUAAAUAAUGAUUAAGAGAGUAAUUAGCAUUUAAUAAGGCUUUUUAAGAAUUAAUAUAAAAUUUUGGAAUCUAUAUUAAAAUGA